GACUUUGCGUUUUGCUGUUGGCGGUUUGGUGCCGCUGUCUUCUUGGUCUUGACCCUCGUUGGGUAGUUUUUUUUCUCUCCUUCGCCUGACCUCAGCGUAGCCAGUAGAUCUACCCUACCUACAAUAGCCCGUCUCAUCAUCGAGUCGCAAUGGCGCCCGGUAGAGAUGUCAAGGUGGUGCUGGACGAUGGAGACCCAUCGCCGCCUUCGCCCAAACCAGUAGCCGCGUCCAUGUCAGCCAAGAUAAUCACGUACUUCACCGUGAUUCUGACGACGACCACUAUUCUGGUCAGCUACGUUACCGCCGCGUCGCUUCACCAUGUGCCUGCAUUCUUACCAAUGAUUUCCGAUUGUGCCGUCAAAGCACCCGAGAUGUACUUGUUCCGCUACGGGCUACUUGUUGCCGCUAGCUCGCUGGCUGUCAACGUCCUGGUGAUUCAUGCUGCGACGAAGAGCACGUACUCCCUGCCCCAUGCCACCAUGGUCAGUGGUUUCCUUGCAUCCUUCGGACUUGGCUUGCUGACUUCGGUGAACGAGGACGAGUCCAAUCCAGUGCAUACGACUGGUGCCGUCAUGUUCUUCCUGUGCUACGAGUUUGUCAUGCUUGUCAUCAGUUACAAUGCACAGUAUGAUGCACGUGUGUCGCGGCUAUCACUCAACGUGAAGCGCACUGCCGCUGUCAUCUCCUUGAUUUCCCUGCUCGCCCUCGUUGCCAUGUCCUCUCAGUUUCACCAUUUCCGUGUACCAAUUGCUGUCUGUGAAUGGACAAGCACUAUCAUGAUCCAGAUCUUCAACCUCAGUUUUGUCAAGGACCUCGGCACAACCACCAUACAAGAGAUCAGUGGCAUACACAUCUCAAGCCCAGGUACCUACAGGCCAUUGAGGAACAUGGUCUGAUUACGGUCUCGGGAACACCUAGCAAACUAAAUUGUGUUCUAAGCGAUUCCGGGAAUGGUUGGUGCCACUACAUAGCUGAGCACUCGCUGGGCUAUAGCUAGAAUAGGAACUGUGGCAAGUGUGCGUUGUGUACCGUACCGCGGCUUUCAGCCUGAUAGCAGAUUUGCUGUGAACAUUGAAUAGUUUUUGAACUAGGUUAUAAAUUUAAUAUAAUAAGUUAUAAAAUACUAUGAUAGCAACAGGAAUCCGCUGUCACUGGCUGGCCCAGACUUCAGUGCACUGGCUAUUGCAUAAUAUUAUUUCAAGUACAUGUACAUGUACAUGACCUCAGCAUUUGGGGUAACGUUCGUCUGGUGAUGAUUCACUAGUUGUCAUACUGGUAGAACCUUUUUUUUCCUGUGUUCGCAUUUGAACAUCUUGGCACCCGCCUGGCACUUGCCCCUAUGUAGCACACUCACGCUCUGGUACACAAGCCGAAACUCACAACGAUCAGUUUAUCUGUGCCUGUAUGUGUGGCUACAGACAAUAAAUUAUAUGUACCGGUAUUUCACCUUGCAGUUAGCUGAGUACUUGCUGUCAAUGAUAAUACUUUGCCGCAGUCCCACUUCGGCAUUUUUUGGCACCGGGUCGGCGACUGCAAGUGCAAGCUAUCCGGUGCCGUACUGGGAUAACUUGCAGUGGAGUGUCGGGCCUGACACUGUCCGCUGCAGAGAGCUACUCUGGCAAGUCCCGUUGAUUUCAGUGACUCUGGCCAACGUUUGUGGACAGCGUCUGAAAAUCAACCUUACCAAUCAAUACCAUGAUGCCAGCCACCUGAAGUUGGUCAGAGUCGCCAUCACAGUAUCCCGGCUGGAUUCAGAGAAAAAGCCUGCACUCUCUUAUUAGUAAUUACUAGUAGUUGGCCUCUUUGAUUUCGCAACCUCAAUCUGGGUUUAAUCAUGCGCCCGCAGAGUUGGACAGUGUGCUUGUCACAGCCUUUCA